CCGCGGGCGGGGCGGAGGGAGAGCCAGGGAAGGAAGGGAGGGAAGAAGAGGAGAAAGGCGGGGAGGAGAUCCGACGAGGAGGAGGAGGAGGAGAAGAAACAGAAGAAGAGGAGGAAGGCAGCAGCAGCAACAACAGCAGCAAACAGCAGCAGCCGAGGCUGCAAAAACAACCCAUGCUUGCAUCUCCCCUCCCCGAUCAAAGCUUCCAAGGUGGCGACAGACAAGGUUACAGGGAAGCUGACUUCUACUCUCUCAUGGGUGAAGAAUACUGUCAGUCAAAUGGCCAGUCAGGUGGCAAGUCCAUCCGCCUCAUUACACACUACAUCCUCCUCUACCACAGUCUCCACUCCAGUGUUGUCUUCGGCAGAACUGAGUCCUGAUGAGUUAGAGCUACUGGCUAAAUUGGAAGAGCAAAACAGAUUGUUGGAGACUGACAGCAAGUCUUUGCGAUCCGUAAAUGGCUCACGAAGGAACAGUGGCUCCUCACUCGUAUCUAGUUCAUCAGCUUCUAGCAACCUCAGCCAUCUAGAAGAAGAUACCUGGAUCCUUUGGGGGAGAAUUGUCAAUGAGUGGGAAGAUGUGCGCAAAAAGAAAGAGAAACAAGUUAAGGAACUUGUUCGAAAAGGGAUACCUCAUCACUUCCGAGCAAUAGUUUGGCAGCUUUUGUGCUCAGCACAAAAUAUGCCAAUUAAGGAUCAAUAUUCCGAACUCUUGAAAAUGACUUCACCUUGUGAAAAGCUUAUAAGAAGGGACAUUGCUAGAACGUAUCCCGAACAUGAUUUUUUUAAAGAAAAGGACAGCCUUGGACAAGAGGUUUUAUUUAAUGUAAUGAAGGCAUACUCUUUAGUGGAUCGUGAGGUUGGCUAUUGCCAAGGAAGUGCUUUUAUUGUUGGAUUGCUUCUUAUGCAGAUGCCAGAGGAGGAAGCAUUUUGUGUGUUUGUCAAGUUAAUGCAAGAUUAUCGACUUCGGGAACUCUUCAAACCAAGUAUGGCUGAGCUGGGCCUUUGCAUGUAUCAGUUUGAAUGCAUGAUACAGGAACAGCUGCCAGAGCUUUAUGUGCAUUUUCAAGCCCAGAGUUUUCAUACUUCCAUGUAUGCAUCCUCCUGGUUCUUAACAAUUUUUCUCACAUCUUUCCCACUAUCUGCUGCAACAAGAAUAUUUGAUAUAUUUAUGUCUGAGGGUUUAGAGAUUGUUUUUCGGGUUGGCUUAGCACUGCUCCAGAUGAAUCAAGCAGAAUUAAUGCAGCUUGACAUGGAAGGAAUGUUGCAGCACUUUCAGAAGGUUGUUCCACAUCAGUUUGAUGGCGGGCCAGACAAGUUAAUCCAAGUUGCUUACCAGGUCAAAUACAAUGCGAAAAAAAUGAAGAAGUUAGAAAAAGAAUAUACUACUAUAAAAACAAAGGAAAUGGAAGAACAAGUUGAAAUUAAGAGAUUACGAACAGAAAACAGACUCUUAAAACAGCGAAUUGAAACACUAGAAAAAGAAAGUGCUUCCUUGGCAGAUAGAUUGAUACAGGGACAAGUGACAAGGGCCCAGGAGGCUGAGGAAAACUACCUCAUAAAACGGGAGCUGGCCACUAUCAAACAGCAGAGUGAUGAGGCUGUUACUAAACUGGAGCAUGCUGAGAAUACCGUCAGAGAGCUCCAGCAGCAGCAACAAAGGCACAAGUGCAGUUCCCGCUAUAGUGAAGAUUUCGUGCUGCGGUUGGAAAAAGAGCUAGUACAGGCGAGGCUCAGUGAAGCCGAAUCCCAGUGUGCUUUGAAAGAAAUGCAAGAUAAAGUUCUUGAGAUGGAAAAGAAGAAUAGUUCUUUUCCUGAUGAAAAUAAUAUUGCUAGGCUUCAAGAAGAACUAAUUGCAGUGAAGCUAAGAGAGGCAGAAGCUCUGGUGGGUCUCAAAGAACUUAGACAACAAGUUAAAGAUUUGGAGGAACAUUGGCAGCGCCAUCUAGUUCGCACUACAGGAAGAUGGAAAGAAACACCCAAAAAGAACGCUGUGAGUGAGCUGCAGGAUGAACUAAUGACAGUCAGACUCCGAGAAGCAGAAAGUCAAGCAGAGUUGAAAGAGGUAAAACAGAGGAUGAUGGAAAUGGAAACACAGAGCCAGAUAAAUAGUAAUCAUUUGAGGAGAGCUGAACAAGAGAUCAGCAAGCUUCAAGGGAAGGUCCAGCAUCUCUCUACACAAAACAAAGGACUUCUAGCUCAGCUAACUGAAUCAAAGCGAAAACAAGCAGAGAUUGAGUGCAAGAAUAAGGAAGAAGUGAUGGCUGUAAGACUCCGAGAGGCAGACAGCAUCGCAGCUGUAGCAGAACUCCAACAACAUAUUGCAGAACUAGAAAUCCAAAAAGAAGAAGGGAAAUUUCAGGGGCAGCUUAAUAAUUCUGACUCUAGUCAGUAUAUUAGAGAAUUGAAAGAUCAGAUAGCAGAACUUAAACAUGAGAUCAGAUGCCUAAAAGGACAGAAAACCUUUUCAGCCCCACACACCUUUGAUGCGAUCCAUAUUGUCAACCACUUGUUAGAUGAUGAUUCGUUGCAUUCAUCGGAUGAAGACUUGAUAUCAAACCACAUUGCAGGUCCGAGGGCUCCCUUUCACUUGCACAAAAGGACUGGUCAAAUGGACUUGGAUCCAACGGCAGUAAACAGUAGUGACAGUGAUACGGAAAAUGCUGAAGCAUCAAGCACAAUCACCGAGAAGAAAAACAACCAAAAAAGAGUGGAGCCUUAUUCUACUGCUGUGUGAAUGCUGUGGAUGAAAUUGUCCUCCAUCCUCUAGUGGCUUUAUUCCAUGGUCAAGCGAAUUAGCAUUCAGCUCUUGGACUGACUGUGUCUUGCAUCUUACUAUCUGCAUCUGCGUCUGCCAAAUCUUUCUCCCAGUGUCUUGUUGCCAUAGAGUAGACUGGGAAGGGAUUGGAUGGAUGACAAAUUUAACAGUAUUAAUUACUAUUUUCUGUAUGCUUCUCAUGCUAGAAAAUCAGCACUCAUCAUGUCUUCCCUACUCAAGAACCAUAAUGCAAUUUGUAAACAAGAGGGAAUCUUACUUUUCAGAAGAAGCUGUUCUUGUGCAAUAUUUUAAUGAUCUGUGAGUAAAUGUGUCCUUUUUACAUAAGCACAUUGUGACCAACAUGAGAGUAUGCAAGAUGAAUAUAUCAGAUAUAGCAUAUAUCUGGAUUUCUAGAGUGUCUUAUUUUUAAUUAAAUUAACUUCUAUUACAGGAGACCACCAAAGGUCCCAAUCUAAAGCCUUUGCUCGUGCUAUUUUAUACAAUAAUUGUCACACUUGGUUCUAAAGGAUUAAAAAAAACUUUUGUCAACUUUUGUGUGCAUUUGCUUUUGAUGUGUUGCUCAUGAACCUGAUCAAAGUAUAUUAACUACAAAUAAUGUCUAUUUUGUAUAUAUUUAUAUAUCUCUGCCCCAACAUAAAAUUAUAUAUUUACUUUUGUAUGGGAGAUAUGAAUGUAGCAAUAUGACUGGUCUUUGUAUUUUCAAAGAAAAAUGAAAUUCUGUAUAAGCAAGUAAGUUCUGGAAGUGGCAAAACACUAGUUCUCGGUUAAAGACUUUUUGCUUACCAAAUGACCCACAGGUUCAUGACUUACUAAAAUCUGUUCCAAAUGACACUAUUGACUGAUAUUUUAACUUUGUGUAUAUGUAACUGUAUAAUAAAUAUUUUUCAUGAUUUAA